GCUGGUCGAUUGGUUUUAUUGAAAUUUUCGGUUACAAUAAAAAUUCUUCCAAAAUUUCGAGUGCGUUAGCCUUUUGUUCAAAUUUGCCCACACAACUGUCGUAACGCGAAAGCUAACGAGCAACAUGUCAAUGCUGGCCAGAACCCUAGGACGCACCGCUUUGCAGGCAGCGGCUGCACGCGGUGUGCACACCUCAUCGACCCUCAAUGAUGUUCGUACAGGCAGCAAAUUAAAGGAUGGAGCCCACUAUGGAGCCAAUAGAACCACCUGUACACUGAUUCCCGGCGACGGUGUGGGUCCCGAGAUCGUGUACGCCCUGCAGGAGGUCUUCAAGGCAGCUAAUGUGCCCGUGGAUUUCGAGUCGUACUUCCUGUCGGAGAUCAACCCCGUACUGAGUGCCAAGCUGGAGGAUGUGGUGGCCUCCAUUCAGAAGAACAAAGUCUGCAUUAAGGGUAUUUUGGCCACUCCCGAUUACAGCAAUGUGGGCGACCUGCAAACCCUGAACAUGAAGCUGCGCAAAGAUCUGGACCUGUACGCCAAUGUGGUGCACGUGCGUAGCUUGCCCGGCAUCAAGACGCGACACACCAACAUCGACACGGUCAUCAUCCGUGAGCAAACCGAGGGCGAGUACUCGGCGCUGGAGCACGAAUCGGUGCCCGGAAUUGUGGAGUGCCUGAAGAUCGUCACUGCCAAGAAGUCGAUGCGCAUCGCCAAGUUUGCCUUUGACUAUGCAACCAAGAACCAGCGCAAGAAGGUCACCGCCGUGCACAAGGCCAACAUCAUGAAGCUGGGCGAUGGCCUCUUCCUAAGGUGUUGCGAGGACGUCGCGAAGCUGUAUCCCCGCAUCCAGUUUGAGAAGAUGAUCGUGGACAACACGACCAUGCAGAUGGUGUCCAAUCCGAAUCAGUUUGAUGUAAUGGUAACCCCCAAUCUGUAUGGUGCCAUUGUGGAUAACCUGGCCUCUGGUUUGGUGGGCGGUGCUGGUGUGGUUGCUGGUGCCUCCUACUCGGCGGAGACGGUUGUGUUCGAGCCUGGUGCACGUCACACCUUUGCCGGCGCCGUGGGCAAGAAUGUGGCCAAUCCAACGGCAAUGAUGCUGUGCGGCGUGAAGCUGCUGCGCCACAUCAACCUGCCCACUUACAGCGAGGCCAUCUUCAAUGCCAUCAACAAGGUGCUAAAUGACGGCAAGGUGCGCACCAAGGACCUGGGUGGACAGUCCACCACAAUGGACUUUACCCGCGCCGUCAUUGCCAAUCUGCACUAGAGAUUGGAUCCAGGCAGAGACCGAUCCGCACAGGACUCCAAAUCCUCAGCAACAGGCAACAACAUUUGCCCCCAAGGCACGCACUUAUUAAAUAGACAAUAGACAGUUUCUUCUUGUGUGUUGUUGCCGCAGCGAAAUUUGAUUUGUUAACAUGAACAUAAGAUUUGCAUUCGUUUUUAGUUUAUCCCUCCCUCAGUGUGCUGUUGCCUUAUUUGUCCCUCCCCCCACUCCCGGCAUGUUUUCAAUGAGUAUUAUUUCUGGCGAAUAUUUAAGUUUAGUCCAAUACCGGCCCAGCCCCAUCCUGCUCCUCCCUUAGUUUUACAGAUUGGCCGAUUGAUCCCCGAUUAUGCUGUAAUUAUGUAUUAUUUUUCCCCCCCGCAAAUUGUUACAAGAAUAACCACAGAUGAUAUCGCUAAAGCAAUUUAAGUGAUAGCAAAGCGCUUAGAGUGGGUCCGCCCCCCGCCCUAAUCGAGGCUCCGACAUAGAGCACGAGAGAUAUAACAAUAAAUUCAAAUCUACAUUAA